AUGACCAAGUAUAGUGACUGGAGGGCCACGCUUAGUAUGCACAUUGCAUUGCUGGAUGAAUCCCAGAAGCCCAAUCUUCCCGGUUAUGAUGAUUCACUAUUUCGCUACUUCCUGGACGCACACACUUUCAACUCCCAGGAGAGAGUCAAGGUGCAGGAGAAGGCCAUUGAAGGAAGUCAGUUGACCUCGUAG